CGCUCGCCCGGGACCUCGCGCACGGUCCCGCGCCUAAUUAAAUUAAUUAGGGCGCAGCGCGCGGCGGGCGGGCGGUGCCGUGGCCGCAGUGCCCCGCGGCGGGCGGGCGACCGGCGAGGACGGGAGGAAGGAAGGGAGGAAGGAAGGGGUCCAUUCAGAGCUCCGAGGGGAGGUAAUUCGCCGGGAACAAGGGGCCGGCUUUGCAAAGUAUAAAUAGUGCCACUUCAAUCGCGGCGUCGCUAUCAGACCCCGGGAGCCCUGCACGUCGGGCGGCACGGCCCGGCCCGGCUCGGCACGGCCCGGGGCGCCGCCGCCGCCUCCCCGCCCCGUGGAUGCCCGCCCGGGGAGCCGGGGCAGGGCGCCCCUGAGCCAUGGAGGAGCUGACGGCGUUCGUCUCCAAGUCGUUUGAUCCCAAAGCCAAGGAGAAGAAGGAGCUCAUCACCUACCGCGAGGUGCUGGAGAGCGGGCCCCUGCGCGGCGGCGGCGGCGGCCCGCGGGAGCCCGGCGGGGCGGCGGCGGAGCCGGGCCGGGGAGGACACGGGCAGCCCGCGGCGCGGCCGGCCGGGCGCUCCCCGCCGCGGGAGCCCGACGCCGCCGCCGAGAGAGCGGCCGAGGCGGCCACCCCCAAGCUCAGCGACGUGUCCCCAGAGCUGAAGGAGCGCAAGGAGGAUGCGAAAGCGAUGGAAGACGAAGGGCAGACGAAAAUCAAGCAGAGGAGGAGCCGGACGAAUUUCACCCUGGAGCAGCUGAACGAGCUGGAAAGGCUUUUCGACGAGACCCACUACCCGGACGCGUUCAUGCGGGAGGAGCUGAGCCAGCGGCUGGGGCUCUCCGAGGCCAGGGUGCAGGUUUGGUUCCAGAACCGCCGGGCCAAGUGCCGCAAGCAGGAGAACCAGCUGCACAAAGGGGUGCUGAUCGGCGCCGCCACGCAGUUCGAGGCCUGCCGGGUGGCUCCCUACGUGAACGUGGGCGCGCUGAGGAUGCCCUUCCAGCAGGUGCAGGCGCAGCUGCAGCUGGACAGCGCCGUGGCCCACGCUCACCAUCACCUGCACCCGCACCUGGCCCACGCCCCCUACAUGAUGUUCCCCGCGCCCCCCUUCGGGCUCCCGCUGGCCACCCUGGCCGAGUCCGCCUCCGCCGCCUCCGUGGUGGCCGCCGCCGCCGCCGCCAAGACCACCAGCAAGAACUCCAGCAUCGCCGACCUCCGCCUCAAGGCCAAGAAACACGCCGCCGCCCUCGGGCUGUGACCGCGCCGCUGCUGCCGCUGCUUUAUCGUUAUUUUUUUUUUCCAAAAAAAAAAGGGGAAAAAAGAAGGGAAAAAAAGAGUUAAAAAAAAAAGGAAAAAGGAAAGAAACGAGGGAGAGGAGAAACGGACGGGAGAUAUAUACUUAUUUAAGGAAUUAGAGGACGCGCAGCUGGGAAGUUCACAGGUUUUGAAACUGACCUUUUUCU